AACAAAAAGAAUGAGUUUGGUUCAAAGAUUAAAGCUUAAUAAUACCAGAGUAAUCUCUAGUUAUUGUCACAAAUCGUCUGUGAGAGAUUAUUAUGGUUCAGGAGGUAACAAGAGUAGUAGAAUAUCACAGCUUGAGAGUUAUGUGCAGGAUGAGUGUAAAUCUUGAAGGAUUCAGAAGCUUGAGGAUGGUUUGAAAUAUUUUGAUCAAUUGAUUUCAGAAAGACCAUUGCCAUCAAGUGGUACGUUUAAUCAUGUAUUGGGUUCAUUAUCGAAGAUCAAGUCAUCAUGUUGUAUAAGAAGAUGAGUUUGGUUGGUGUAAAUCCUGAUUUCUAUACAUUCAACAUUUUAAUUAACUGUUGAUGACAAUUAGGAAAGUAGAUCAUGGGUUUUGCUUGCUUGGAGAGAUUAUUAAGAGAGGUCAUCAGCCUAAUGUUAUCACAUUCACUACACUAAUUACAGGGUUGUGUCUUCAAGGAAAGAUUAAAUUUGCAUUCGAAGUGUUUGCCAAAAUGACUGAAGCAGGUAUUCAACCUAAUGUGUUUGCCUGUAAUACUCUUAUACAUGGACUCUGUUCAACUGGUCAAGUGGGUCUUGCUCUUCAGCUAAAAAACAACAUGUCUAAAUGGAACUGCAGACCAACUGUGGUUUCAUAUUCUGCCACCAUAGAUACACUUUGCAAAGGAGGUUUAGUUGAUGAAGCAUUACUUCUCUUUUCUGAAAUGUACAGAGAUUUGAAUGUUGUUCCUGAUGUAGUUGUGUACACUUCUUUGAUAGAUGGACUAUGCAAUUCAGGCCGGUUAAAUGAGGCAAAGAGACUCUUUGACGACAUGGUUAGUAGAGGAAUCUCUGCAAAUGUAACGACAUAUACUUGUAUGAUUCAUGGUCAUUGCCUACAUGGUCAGCAGGAGAAAGCAAGAAGAUAUUUUGAUGAAAUGAUGCAUCGAGGAAUUUCACCCGAUACGGUUACUUUUAGUAUAUUGAUAGAUUCACAUUGUAAAGAUGGGAACGCAGAAGAUGCUUGGGGGAUAUUUAAUUUGAUGGACAAGAUAAAUAUAGAACCUGAUCGGAUUACUUACAACUCAAUGAUUCAUGGUCUGUGUUUUGGAGGCUUAUUGCAAGAUGCGGUGAAACUGUUUGACUCGAUGGUAGAUAGGGGCCUUAAACCCGAUGUUAUCAGUUGCAGUAUAUUAAUUGAUGGGUAUUGCAAGAACCGUAAGUUGGAUGAAGCUAUGCAGCUUUUCAAGAAUAUGAAACAAAAUGGAUUGAAACCCACAACAGUUACUUACACUAUACUUUUAAGGGGACUAUACCAGGAUGGAAGAAUGAAGACUGCUCAGAGGUUCGUUAAUGAGAUGCAAUCUUCUCGUGUAUCUUUAAACGAAGUUACAUACAGUACAAUUUUGGAUGGUCUAUGCAAGAAUGGAAAAAUUAUGGUGGCAAUAGAAUUGUUUGAAUCCUUGGAGGCUACUGGUAUCUUAGCUAACGUUGAACUGUACUCUAUCCUUAUUCAUGGUCUGUGUCGGGCUGGGCAGUUGGAAGAUGCAAGAAAACUGUUUAAUGAGAUUCCAGAAAAAGGAUUACUUCCUGAUGUAGUAACAUAUAACACAAUGAUAGCUGGCCUCUUUCAUCACAAGAUGUCCUUGGAGGCUACCAAACUAAUCAUCCAAAUGGAAGAGAAAGGUUGUUUACCGAAUUCUAGAACAUUUGAUACCAUCAUCAAGGGUUUUCUUGAAGGAAAGGACACGGAAAAGGCCUUACUGUUUCUUCGCAAGAUGCGUGAAAGAAAAUUUGCACCAAGUGAUUCUGUUGUAUCCUUAUUAAUAAACACAAUCCCAGCAGGUUGGAAAUUUCGUUCAGCCAAAUUUGAGAAGCUUGAUAUGGUACAUAUACUGGGUUAUCUUGUACAGUUUGAUAUUUUUGUGGCCAUCAGCAUUGUUCCAGGUUCUUCAGCUGACGCUACAAGUAGUAUAUCAUGAGUCCCAGUGGCAGCUCCGUUUCUGAAAGAGGAUAGUUGCCAACUGAAUCUCGUGCAGGCAUAUCUGCGGGUUUGUUAUCUGCCUCUCUUUAUCUGUAGGUCAGUAGACAGAAUGAGAUAUCAUGACAAGGAUAGAUUGAACGACUUAUAGCUCGUGCAAAACAUUGUCGGUUUUCUAACACUUUCCUAUGGAGCAUCACAUGAAAUUUUGUGCUAGAGAUUGUGGAGGAGAUAGGACAUGGAGAAAUGGAAGGUAAUGUGUCAGGGAUUAAUCCUUUGUUCAUUUCAAGUGUCUGUGUGUUUGUGAUUCUGUGUCUUGUUAGAAUAGCUUGUUUUAAUGGUGCAGGUUGUUAUUACUAUACAUGGUUUCAUAUACAUUAUCAAAUUUAUGCUAACAUCGCUAUUACACUAUCUAUUUUUAUGGACCCCUUGAUCGAGGUCUUCGCAAGUUUCUUAUGGAGGUUGUGCGAGAUCUCAUGUUUUGAAGUUUGUGAGUGAAUGACAACAAGUGUUACUGUAAUUUCCUCCAUGCUGAAGAGACCAUUAAAAUCUAUUAAAGUGGAACCUAGCAGCUAUCACCGACUUCCUAAGGAGUUACUCUGCCCAAAAUCUGUCAAAAGUAAUUUCAAAAUUCAUUAAGAUCUGCCAUGUCUGUUCAAUCCAAAGCUCCUUCUCGUUUAAUAGCUACUAGCACUGUAAGAAAUCCCAAAGGCCGGAAAGGUGUGACUAUUUCCAGAUUCCAAGGAACUGAAGGAGAAGUUUUCAAAUGCAAGUCCAUUUUGUCAACCCAAUGGAGUAUCAGAACAAAGUCACUUGGAGGCUCAGCUGCACGUUGAUCUCACACCACCAAGUUCGUGCCUACGUUGCACAUUAUUAAGAAAUUGACAUCACUCCAAUUCCUUUCGGAGAGUUCGUCGGCCGUGGUGGAUUUAUGGUCUUCUCUCCAAAUAACUGCUGUUACAGAUGAUGUGAAUAUAACCUUCUCCAUUGUAUCUGUCUG